AUGCAUCUCGCCCCUGCGCUGCUCGUGUCCCUCGGCCUCGUCGCCUCCGCGGCAUCCGCCAAACGCUCUACUCCUCCCGCGCCGGCCAAGAACGCCGUGCUGCUCUCCUCGGUGCAGACGCUGACGCUCCGCGGCGGCGGCGCCAAGACGUCGCACCGCCGCACCAGCGCCGUCCCGCAGCUCAAGUGCGUCUCGCCGCGCGCCCUCUGCGACCUGCACAGCAUCGACGUCCUGCGCUGCACCAACCAGGGCUCCUCGUACGGCGACGAGGACGUCGAGUGGAGCUGCGCCGCCUCGCUGCCCGCCGAGCUCAAGCUCGGCGCCACCGACGUCUUCUGCGAGGGCUACGCCUCGCCCGACGACCCCUACGUGCUCAAGGGCAGCUGCGGCGUCGAGUACACGCUCGCCCUGACGGAGCAGGGCGAGCGGCGCUACCCAAAGCUCGCCAAGGGCGGCGACCCGUGGUUCGGCGACGGCGAGGGCGGCUCAGACUCCUCGGCCUGGCUGUUUGCAAUCGUCUUUGUGGCCGUUUUUGCCUGGAUCGUGUACUCGGCCUGCGUGGCUCGCUCGGAUAACAACAGGAGACAAGGGGACACGACAAGACGUUACGGUGGCGGAGGAGGAGGAGGCGGCGGCGGCGGCGGUGGUCGUGGUGAUGGUCCUGGCGGCGGCUGGGGUCCUCGCAAUGAUCCUCCACCUCCAUACCCAGGAACGAACAACAGCAACAAAUCAUCACCGAGCGGUAGCAGCCAACAGCCGCAGCAACAAGGCUGGCGGCCUGGCUUCUGGAGCGGUCUCGCAGGUGGCGCCGCUGCCACCUACCUCGGUAGCGGCCGCAACCGCGACAGCCACAACAACUCUGGCUACACUCCAUGGGGCGCCGAUAACUACGGCUCCGGCUCGCGAUGGGGAGGUGGUGGUAGUUCUCGGGCCGGCCCCUCGUCGUCCUCUAGCCGAAGCGGUGGUAGCAGCUCCGGUGAGAGACAUGAAAGCACCGGCUUUGGUUCUACUAGACGCAGAUGA